AUGCUGAGGGAGGGGAGUCUCACUGCGUCUCCUCAAGGACUGUCGGGUCCAUCGCCAGUGUUAUUGUCAGCAUCGCGACAGCUGCUGUUGCAUUAUUCUCCGAAUGAAAUGGAUUCACCAGCGAAGAAGUUGGAGACAGCCAGCAGUCUUCACUCCAGCAUCACAGAAUUCAUGCGCAGCCCCAUGCUUGUUAUUCAAAAUCCUGACUUUAUGAAAACGACAGAAAAGUCUCCAACUACACACGGUGAUGAAAAUUUAUUACACGACGUGGAGGAACUGCGCCGCCUUGUUGGGACGACGCAGGAGGAGGUUUGUGCGCUGCGCCGCGCGGUGGCAGAGCUAGAGGCUGAGAUACACACCAAUAAGAAGGAAUUGUUAAUGCGGCUUUAUUCCGACUUGUCGACGCCACCACCAACUGGAUUGGAAGAUAAAGAUGCUGGUGGCGCGGGUGUGGAAGUAGACCAGCUGCUCGCAUCUUUGCGAAACCAAUUACUCAGUCAAGUACGGGAGUUGGAGGAGCAGGCAACGCUGUGCAGAUUAAAUAACACCGCAAAGGAGGAGGCACUUCGCUCUCUUUACGCCAGUAUUCUCGCCGAAGAAAAGAAUAAUGAAGCGCGUAAAACGGAAAUUCAGGCAGGGGAGUCGGUGUGUCAUACGCUGCGACUGAAGCUGCAGGAGGCUCAGCGGCGUGUGUGGGAUUACCGACGGCGUGAGGCGUUUGUUUCUGCCGCCGAGAAGAAGUAUUUGGAGCAAAUGGAGAAAAUUCAUACUUUGCGAGAGGAGGUGAGGGCGUGCGGGUUGCACCUUCCGGUGUUUGGGGCAGGAGGUGAUAAGACGGGAUCUGUUAUUCCGACAUGCAAUCGAUUUUGUUGGGAGCGGCGCUGCGUUGGGCGACAAAAUGCAGUUAAGCCACCACUGUUGUUGGAAGCGGGCGGUGUUUCUUCCGACAGGACGGGAAGGGAUUGGAAUGAAGGAAGAGAGGAGGGCGACCCGAACGCCAUUGUGUCACGUGUUUUUGCCUUUCCUCCAGGCGUCUUGUACGCGUUGCAACUUGCCAUGUCGGGCGACAAAGGAGACCGCUCUACUGAGAAGGAGGGCGCUGAUGAUAAUGAGUACAUGAGUCAUCGA